AAAUUCCAAAGGUGGUUCAAAUUUUCAGUUACAAAAUUUUGAAAAAAUAAUUUUUCGAACUGGUUAGAUGGAAUUAUUUUUGCAAUAGUCACGUUUUGAUCAGCCUAAAUACAUCUGUUUUGAUUUUGCUCACUGUUCUGCAUAUAGGGCGAUCACGAUGUCCAUCGUAGUGCUCGAAAAUAUGGAAAUAGUUAAUAAUAGUGAUGCUGGAACUGGCGAAUCUUAUGAAAAUUUGGAUCUGGAGGAGGAGGAAACAUGUUUUCAGGACAUUGACUUACUUUUGGAGUAUAAUAUCUCCAUAGAUGACAUAAAGUUAUUGAAGAAAAUGGGAAUAAACACUAUAAAAGGCAUACAAAUGACUGUCAGAAAGAAGUUCCUGGAUAUGAAAGGUUUCAAUGAUGAUAAGGUAGAUAAAAUCAAAGAAGCAUGCUGUAAAAUAGCCUCAGGUCAUGGAUUUAUGACUGCCCUUGAAGUAUGUGAUCAGAGAAAACAAAUAUUCAAACUCCCAACUGGUAGCACAAAGUUAGAUAAAUUAAUGGGAGGAGGAAUUGAAUCAAUGUCCAUCACUGAAGUGUUUGGAGAAUUUCGAACAGGAAAGACACAGUUUUCCCAUACCCUUUGUGUCACUGCCCAAAUGCCUGGUCCAAAUGGUUACCUUGGAGGAAAAGUUAUGUUCAUUGAUACUGAACAUACCUUCCGACCAGAACGAUUACGCCCCAUUGCUGAAAGAUAUAAUUUGGACCAGAACGCUGUUCUCGAGAAUAUUUUGUAUGCCAGAGCCUACAAUUCUGAGCAUCAGUUUGAGCUGCUGAACAGUGUUGCCGCCAAAUUCCACGAAGAACCCGGCAUCUUUAAGCUGCUGAUCGUCGAUUCCAUCAUGGCCCUCUUCCGAGUGGACUUCUCUGGUAGAGGAGAAAUGGCCGACCGUCAGCAGAAGCUGGGCCAGAUGAUGUCGCGUCUGCAGAAGAUCAGCGAGGAGUACAACGUCGCCGUCUUCAUUACCAAUCAGAUCACGGCCGAUUUCAACCUGUUGAAUGUGGACGGCGACUUGCUGAAACCUGUAGGCGGGAAUAUUUUGGCGCAUGCGUCGACGACUAGGCUAGCGCUGAAGAAGGAGAAGGGGAACAGGCGGCUGGCGAAGAUUUACGAUAGUCCGGACCUGGAGGAGAGCGAGGUUAUUUAUGUGAUUACAAACGGAGGUAUUGAUGAUGUCAAAGAUUGAAUUUACCGAAUUUCGAUACUGUUGCAUCAUCGUUUUUUAUGCUGUGCUAUGAAUUUGUUGAAUGUUGUUGUUUUUCGAAUGUUUGCCAUGUUUUUAAUUAGUAAUACGUAAUAAGAACUAUAAAUAAUGUUCCUGUUAAGGUCCAAAGAUUGAGAAAACAAAUAUAAAUAUAUAUUUUCAGAUAAUUAUUAUGUUCAUUCAUUGUUAUUGUGUGGAUACAACGAAUUCUUGCGUUUUUUACCCUGUAAAUUCCUUCUUUUAUGGUAUGAUUUCAAAAAUAAUGAACUCAAAUUCAUAUCAUAUCAUAUUUGAUAGAAAGGUGAUUGAUAACUUGUCAGAAUAAGAGCCCCACUAAGCAAAGUUGAAAGAUAUGUUGAUGCAAUGUUGAAGCAAUUACUGAAAAGGACGUUCAGCAAUAUUGCGAAGGUGAAGUUUGAUUAUGUAGCGUUGCAGCAAUAUAACAUGUUGCUGUGAGAUUGCUGGAACGUUACAUUCACAAAUUCACAUUCGCAAUAUUGCGGAACGUCUGUUUCAGUAAUUGGUACAACCUUGCAUCAACAAAGCUUUCAGAUUUGCUUAGUGGGAGGAGAUUGGUGAAUUCAAAAUUAAUUCCUUGAAUUCAACCAAUAGGCGAAAUAUAGUAAUGUCAUAACAUGAUUGCGUCAAUUUUUUGAUAAAAUUUACUGUGAUACUUACACGUGUAUACGGCUCGUCAGCAUUAGCCUCCAUAUUCUCAUCAUCAAUACUGAAAUUUCAUUGAAUUCGAAAAAACCUAACAGAAUCGAUUUUUAGAACACAUUUCAAUGAUAGGUGGCUCAACUUCACCCUACUCCGCAGCAUUUUGAUUAUCACUAAAAAUUUCAUCAAAUUCAUAAUCUAGACAGAAGCAAUUCUCAGAAAUCAUAAAUAGCUAUCAAUACCUCAGCAUAAUGACAUAUUUCUGCCAUUCGAAAAGCUCAGCAUCAAGCUCAUCGUCUGAGCCAUUAUUGUCGUUCUAGAUGACAAGGUA